AUGUAUCUAAACACUGUUCAACUGGCUUGUCCAGUGACCCCCAGGAAUAGGCUGGUUGACAACCGAGAACAGUUCGGUGACAACUGGAGAGACAGUGGACAGCACGGAAAGACGGCACCUGGGGCAGGAAGGGGUAGCAGCCCAACCUGCAGCUUCCGUGAGGAAGAACCCAAACAAGCUACAGAUCGACCCACAGAGAAAUACCCCCAGGGGUGCCCGAGAGGGGGGGAGGAUGAGCACCCCAUUAGGACGGACCUAACGAUGACGACCUUGGAAAACGGAUUAACGACCAUGAUAAGCAGAUGCAUUUGUGGCAAGGUCUGCAAGAACGAACGGGGCCUAAAAAUCCAUCAGGCCCGGAUGAAAUGCUUGGUACAGGAGACGGCAGCACAGCGCACAGGACCAGUGCCUGGUGAGACGCAGGAGGAGCCCGGCCCGGAGACACCCCACAGAGCCCAGAACCUCCAAGUGCCCAAGAUUCCAACUCCAAGCAAAGUAGUCCAGCAACAUCGGAUCAAGUGGCCUCCGGCUAAGCAGCACAGACUGUGGCAACAGUUUGACGAGGAUGCAUCUAGAAUAAUCAGCGCAACAGCAAAGGGAGAUGUAGAGGGACGACUCCGAAACCUGACCACCAUCAUCACAAGCUUCGCAGUUGAGAGGUUUGGUGUUGAGGAGCCCAAGACCAGCAAUUCCACCUACACCAAGAACCGUAGGGCGGAGGAGAUCCAUCAACUGCGGAAAGAGCUGCGAAAACUGACGAAGCAGUUCAAAGCAGCCGAUGAGGAGGAGAAGCCACCACUCGCUGAGCUCCAGCAUACCAUCAGGAAGAGGCUUAUGACCCUGCGUAGAGCUGAAUGGCACAGGAGACGUAGGAUUGAGAGAGCCAGGAAGCGAACCUCCUUCUUAUCCGAUCCCUUUGGCUUCACAAAGCGGUUGCUAGGGCAGAAGCGCAGCGGGCGUCUUGAUUGCUCCAAGGAAGAGGUGGAUCACUUCUUGCAUAACACCCUGAGCGAUCCAGACAGAGAGCAAGAGUUAGGACAACAGGCAGCCCUCGUGGAUGUACCAACCCCCCUAGUGGGGUUCAACAUUUCAGAACCCACUUGGAAGGAAAUCCAGGAGGUAGUAACAGCAGCCAGAGCCAGUUCUGCUCCAGGUCCCAGCCAAGUACCCUAUAAGGUGUACAAGCGCUGCCCAGGGCUCCUCCGAAUCCUUUGGAAGAUGCUGCGUGUGAUCUGGCGAAGAGGGACCAUCGUGGAGCAGUGGAGGCAGGCAGAGGGCGUCUGGAUUCCUAAGGAGGAGAACUCGACCAAGCUGGAGCAGUUCCGAUCCAUCUCACUUCUCAGUGUGGAGGGGAAGAUUUUCUUCAGUGUUCUGGCCAGAAGGAUGACAGCCUUCCUCUUGAAGAACAAGUACAUCGACACAUCGGUGCAGAAGGGCGGCAUCCCAGGAGUGCCAGGGUGCUUGGAACACACCGGAGUGGUCACACAGCUGAUCAGGGAGGCACGGGAGGGGAAGGGAGACCUAGCAGUGCUUUGGCUGGACCUCGCCAAUGCAUAUGGGUCGAUCCCCCACAAGCUGGUUGAGACCACCCUGGACCACCACCACAUCCCCUGCAAGAUCAAGGACCUCAUCCUGGAUUACUAUGGAGACUUCAGGCUGAGAGUUACAUCAGGGAGCAUAACAUCUAACUGGCACCGGCUCGAGAAAGGGAUCAUAACAGGCUGCACAAUCUCGGUCAUCCUUUUCGCUCUGGCCAUGAACAUGUUGGUCAAGGCCGCCGAGACAGAGUGCAGAGGUCCCCUGUCCAAGUCUGGAAUUCGGCAGCCUCCCAUCAGAGCCUUCAUGGACGACCUGUCUGUCACGACCACUUCAGUGCCUGGAUGCAGGUGGAUCCUUCAGGGCCUGGUCAAGCUCAUCUCUUGGGCUAGGAUGAGCUUUAAACCAACAAAAUCUAGGUCCAUGGUUCUGAAGAGAGGCAAAGUGGUGGACAAGUUCCGCUUCUUUGUGGACGGUGCAGUAAUACCAUCAAUCACUGAGAAGCCAGUCACUAGCCUGGGCAAGGUGUUUGACUGUAGCCUCAGAGACACAGCAUCAGUCCAAACAACCAUCAAGAGGCUCGAAACUUGGUUGUCUACAGUAGACAAGUCUGGUCUACCUGGUAGGUUCAAGGCAUGGUUGUACCAACAUGGCAUCUUGCCCCGUAUCCUCUGGCCCCUGCUAGUGUAUGAGGUGACGAUGUCUACAGUCGAGACCCUGGAGAGGAAAAUCAGCUGCUACCUCCGACGAUGGCUGGGUCUGCCACGCAGUCUCACAAGUGCAGCACUGUAUGGCAGGAGCAACAAGCUUCAGCUCCCCAUCAACAGCCUGGAGGAGGAGUUCAGGGUCUCCCGCACAAGAGAGGCACUGGUAUAUCGAGACUCCAAAGACUCUAGAGUGGCAGCAGCUGGUAUCGUGGUGCGGACGGGCAGGAAGUGGAAGGCUCAAGAGGGGCUGGAGCUGGCAGAGUCUCGGCUGAGACAUAAAGCACUGUUGGGCACGGUGGCAUCUGGGCGAGCAGGGCUGGGAGCCAUCCCACAACCACGGCACGACAAGGCUCAGGGCAAGGACAGACGCCAUCUGGUCCUGAAGGAGGUCCGAGCAGGUGUCGAGGAGGUGAGGACCAGCAGGAUGGUGGGCAUGCGGCAGCAGGGGGCAUGGACAAGGUGGGAAGGAGCGCUGGAGAGGAAGUUGACCUGGAAUGACAUCUGGAAGACUGAGCCUCAGCGGAUUAAGUUCAUGGUCCAAGCUGUCUAUGAUGUACUACCCAGCCCAGCUAACCUGCAUACCUGGGGCAAGAGUGACACUCCAACAUGUCCACUCUGUCCAGGAAAGGGGACUCUGGAGCACAUCAUGAGCAGCUGCCCAUCAGCCCUUGGAGAGGGCCGCUACCGCUGGCGUCACGACCAGGUCCUGAGGGCAGUGGCAGAGGCCAUCUCCAGUGCAGUGGACAAUAACAAGCAUGUCCGCAGCCAGAGGAGGAUCAACUUUGUAAAGGCUGGAGAGAAGCCACGUCCGCAGCCAACACCAUCAGCCAGCCUGCUCUCAUCGGCAUCGGACUGGGAACUGCGAGUUGACCUGGGCAGGCAGCUUAAGUUCCCAGAGUUUAUAACAUCUACUUCCUUGAGGCCAGAUCUGGUAUUGACAUCUCCCUCCUCUAAGCAGGUCCUCUUAGUGGAACUGACAGUCCCCUGGGAGGACCGCAUGGAAGAGGCCAAUGAGCGCAAGCGGCUCAAAUACCAAGAGCUCACCGAGGAGUGUCGGAGGAGGGGCUGGAAAGCUCGCUGUGAACCAGUGGAGGUAGGGUGCAGAGGCUUUGCUGCCCGCUCCUUGUGCAAGAUCUACACUCUUCUUGGCAUCACAGGAGCUGCGAAGAGGAGAGCCAUCAAGUCCACCAUAGAGGCCGCGGAGAGGGCCUCUAGGUGGAUUUGGAUCAAGAGGUCCGAAAAGUGGGCCAACGCUGCUGGGACACAAGCCAGGGCCUGA